GCGCCAAAUUCAUCCUCUCCACGCAUCGCCCUCCUCCCACUAUUUCGACGUCGGCGCAGCAGACGACGGCGUAGGAGACGGAGCAGUUGCGCUGUGCGCGUGUGUGUGGCCGGCGGUGGAGGUUUCUUUCUAACGCUGUCAUCCUUUCCUCUUUUUUUUUAUUUCUUCAUUGGUGGUGGUGGUGGUGUCUGUAGAAGCGCUCCGUGAACGUGCGUGCUCAGAAUCUGUGGAAACGAUGCGGUGAAUUGUUGCGGAAAAUAAAACCUCGAAGCAACAGAGAUGAGUUCCAACGCCAUCCGGGGUAUCAGGCGCAAGAAAUCGACGCUCUCCGAAGUGAAGAUAGCCGUCCUAGGAGCGUCGGGCGUAGGAAAGAGCGCACUGGUGGUAAGGUUCCUGACGAAGAGGUACAUAGGAGAAUAUGACCACCAAACAGAAAACAGGUACAAAAGUGAAAUGAUGGUGGACGGUGAGCCCGUUCUGUUUGAAAUCCUGGACACCUGUCCAAGGAGCGAGGAUGAGCUUCCCCGGGACGAGAUCCUGCAGUGGGCGGACGGCUUCAUGCUCGUCUACUCUAUCGUGGACCGAGCCAGCUUCCGCUACCUGGGCCUCCUGCGCCGCCACCUGAACAACACGCUGCCCAACCUGCAGAGGGCGGUCACGCUGUCCAACACGGGCGGCGGCCCUGCAGGGGCCGGCGGUGGUGGCGGUGCCCACCAGCCCCAGACGCAGCAGGCACCCGUGCCGGCGCCAGUCUGCAUCGUGGCCAACAAGGCAGAUCUCAUUCACCUCAGGCAGGUGAGCACGGAAGAAGGUGAGAUCCUGGCCAAGGAUGCGGACGACGGUUUCGUCGAGCUCACGGCCUCUGAGCAGGUGCACCAGGUGGCGCAGGCGUUCGCCGACCUCUGCCGCGACGUCUACGCCCACAGGAGGCGCUCCAAGCAGUCGCUGCUCGACCGGGUCUUCUUCGCCGGUGCCAAGGGCAUCGCGGCCAAGGCGAACGACCCCGCGGGAGGGCGCAAGUGAACAAUGACGUCGCACUGUGGGCUCGGUCUCCAUGUCUGUUGCGUUAUUUUCUUUUUUAAAAUUUAAUUUGUAAGGAGGGGUGCGUGAAUAUUCGAAGUUUUCUAAUGAGAAUGGGAUGUAUUUUGUUUUAUGUGAAAGUAUUUGAUUCAAGAAACACGUGGGUACUUACGGUAAAAUUGUGCUCUUUGUCAAAAAUGAAGCAUUUGAAUUUUUCGACGCAAGACUUAAGCAGCUAAUUUUUCAUAGUGCUAGAACUGGAAUUUUUGAAAUGAGACAAUGAUCUAAUUGACUGCAAUACGUGUUCAGAUUUUUGUUUCGAGAUCUUAGCACAGCAAAACGAACAUAACUACUGAACUUGCAGACGGUUCCUACUAUGAUCGCAGAACAGAGCACUUGAUCUGUCGGUCACCUCCACCGCCCUUUGUACAGCAACUGCGAAUUUUGGUGACCUUUCAUUUUUUUGCUCACUGAGGAGCAGCUCAACUAAGUGGACUUCCAUAUAGCUUUGCUUGCGAAAAAAUUUCAGAAUUGUUUCUCCGCUGGUCUCAGUUUCUCUCUCUCUUGGAAAACGAUAAAGAUAUGCCGAAUUUCAUUGGGUGAAUAUGAAAUCUCGUUUACCUAAACUUUAUUGUUUGAUUCAUUUGGAAAACUUCACUAUUCACGCAAUCUCCACUACAAAAAGGUUGGGAUGGGCUUAUCUAAUGUUGUGAUUGCGGAACGACUCUGUACAGAACGCAUGAAAGAACGCAUGAGCAAAUCUUCGUUGGUUGUGUCGUAGCGUGUUCAUUGUUUUGUAAACUUUCACUGCAUUGUGGUUUAUCAUUGUAUUGGGAUAGCUUGGAGCAUAGCGCAGUUGGCGACAAGGACACAUAAAGAAACAACAAAUGAGGACAAUAGUUUCUGUCUGUUGUUUCUUCGUUUGUCAUUUACUCCUGCUCGGUUAUGGUGCAAGCCAUUCCAUGAAUGAGUACCCAUUGGUACCCUUAUCGGCAUUCAUUUUGUAGCUAUGCACAAGUGACGCACAAAAGAAGUGUAGCGGCAAGCAAUAUGAAGCGGGAAGUAUUCGAUACUUCCGCACUUCUAACCGUUUAGUACCGCGCGGUUAAGCAAUUCACCGUUUUUCAUUUGUGACAUAUGCAUGUAGGACUCUUUGCGAAGAUUACUUAAAAAUUUGAAGACAGCUUUGACCCUUCCCAGCCCAGCAGUGUCACCUUUCAUAAUACCUUUCAGUAUCCACAUUGGAAAAGAAGGACACGCAUAAAAGGGUAAAGGGUAUGGAUCGAAUUGUAUCACAAGGUGAUCAGCAGAUGAAACAAAAAAAAAAAUGUGAGGCUUAUUUGGUUUACAACAUGUUGUGGUAUCAGUGUUUUCAGGAUAUCUUGUGCUCAGUUUGACGAAAUAGCGAUGACAAAUACAAGAAAAGAAGCAAAAUCGAUUCGUACAUGUAGUGCAUGUAGCACAGUAGCUUUGCAACUUUAAAAUUUACUUGUUUGCUAUCUAUAACACUGUCACUGUUGAUGUAAUGACAAUUAUUGUAGAAAACAAGCCAUUGCUAGCCUUCUGUACUUCUGGCCGACGGUGGGACAUUGACAUUAGUGCCAGAAUAUACACGAGAAGUUCUAAUCAAACACUGAGCGGGGCAGAUUAGCAAUGCACGGUCAGCUAUGCAAUCCACAGUGUUUUCACGUCCGCCAUUUGCUAAUGCAACGUCCCUGACAACGUGCAAAACAGCCCACGAGACAGACAUGGAGUCCGAUGUGUGCUUGCCAUGAUAGCAACGACAUUGUCUGGCAAUACAAACUUCACUUUAUUUAUUUCCCAUAAUAAAUUGACCACACAUUUCAGGCGAUGACGUUAACACCACCGAGAAUGCAUUUGUAAUAUUUAUUCGUGCUCCUCUUUGAAGAGCGAAGCAAGUUGAAAGGCAAGUCUGUGCUCAUUGUUUGUAGUUGACGUAUACAAACUGGAAGAUGCUCGUUGCUUUCAAGUAUAUGGUACAUAUUUGAAUCUCAUCAGAAAAAUGUCCGAAACAGGUGAAUGCCCUUUCUUGAACAGUUUACGGCUGCGGGAAGUUUGGCGACAUUCAUUUGUCAUGUGUAUCUCGAGGCUUCGUUCAUUCGCCAGCAGCAUCUGUGGCAAUAAGCGUACUGCACCUUCCUUUUUUUUCAACGUCUUUUGAAUAUCUCUGUCACCCGCAUUAUAUACGGCGUGAGGAUGAUCUUGCGGUUUCGCAGCAGCUGGUAUGCAAAAUGACAAUGAAAGUAAUCAUACGUAGUCGCGAUUUUCUGAAAAAUACUGACUGUCGUGACCACAUGUGACGUGCUUAUGCGGAUUUAGAUGGCAAGAAUGCUUCGUGUAUCACGAAAACAUUGAAGAGAUUAAUGUUCUUGUACAGGGCGUGUCGCUGGAGGCAACGUUUCGACAAGUGAUCUUGUCUUGUUCAAGGUGUUGUCCUCUUCAAGGCAACAGUUGUUGAAACGUUGCCUCCGGCGAUAAUCCCUGUUCAGGAAUAUUAAUUUCUUAAAGCCUCCAUCUCCUAGUGAGUAAUUUUGGGGUAAUUAAUAGCAAGGAUAUCGAGAAAGUGCGCCGAAAUGCGUACAUGGCUGGGAGAAAUAAUUUAUUGUUAUUAGUAUAGAGGGAGUCACCUCUGUUGGGGUCACCUCAUUUGAUGCUUUAGGUUGAUGUAGGUUGAUGUGUUUGGUGGAGAGCUCCGAGAGCUCGCUGAUGAAUUGUUGAAUGUGUUGGUUAAGGAGAGUCGGCAAAAAGUGUUGCACAUUAGUACCAUUCUUGGUAUCUUGUGCUCAGGUGGUCGUACGUGACCAGAUAUAUUGAUAUAUUGCCUGAAAGCAAUUUGCUCAUGCACAUGAAUGAUGAUAUCCCGAGGAAAUGUCAUUGUUUGCGAAGAACCUUUCGUCGUAUGUUCGUCUCAAGCCUGUAGAAGGCGUCGUUAAACUUGUAGGUGGUGGACGCACACACUAGCGCACAGCCGUGACUCGUGCUCAACACUUUUAAAACAUCCACCCACUCUGCAUCACAAUCUUGAGAUUGUACCUGACGAAAUAAUGCAGCAAAACGUGUGACGUGAACACGUGCGCGUUCUCAUCUAGUCUAGGCACCCACUCCCUUCGUAAAGGUCCGUGGGCUUUAGUCGUUGUCGUGAAUACGUCUUAAUCGCUCACAGACAAGCAUGCAAUUUACCCUAGAAGGUGAGGGGUUUUACCAGUGCUCACACUUCUUGCUCUGCCGCACGUGACCAGCGAGCUCGUUGUCAACGCACUCAUCACCUGGUGAUGUUUUGAACAUUGCAAGUUCUCUUUGUCUUGUGUCAUUUUUAGUGGCUGAGGUCACGUUUAGAGGGAGGCGAUGUGCUUAUUGCUAGUCACUCUCCCAUUGCACACUGAGAAGACCAUGCACGAUGUUAUAUGCACUCUUCGUGUUGGUUUCGUCAUCCCUCUUCUGUUCAUUACUCAUUGUUGUGAUGCGUUGAAUGUGACUGCGUUUUCUCUUGGCUGGAUACUUAUAGAAGUUGUCUUAUUACGAUGACGGCAGAACCCCGAGAGAUGGCGUGCCGCUCAGAAAAAUUGACACCCGAACACCAGCAUAUUGUGGGGAACUUAGUGGACCACCAACCCGCCUUUCGUGAUUUGGUCUAAGAGCACCGAUCAAUAUUUUUGGUCACACGUAGGUAGGCCACAAUUAAGUUGACACUUUCGCCAAUGUUUUGCAAUAUCUCGGGAUUUGACGCUGCCCCUUGUUAUGGCCUGGUACGUUAUGUAAUGGAAGUUUUCAGUAUACAGGUAUUUUCUCGUUUGUGAGGACAGCGUUGUCUUGAUGUGUAUUUAUGCAACGCACUUGUUUGUGAUUAGGUUUCAUGCAUCUUGACUGAACGAAGUGUGUUUCAUCUUGAAGAGUGUCACACAUUUAUUUAUUCUGGCGUCAUGUUAGCUCUCAAGGGAAUCGGCCAGCCUUUGAUUGCGCACGCCCCUCGUUACUGCCACAAGAAACAAAAAAUAAGAAGCCAUGUCUGGCACGUCUUGCGAGAGACAUAACGCACUUCGUGACUGUGGAAAUAAGAGUAGCGUUUCUUAUUGUGUACUUUUCAAUAUUUCACACUUUUAUGUGUCGUUUCCGCACACACGAGGUUCACGCCUGCGCAUUGCACAUGAACACUGCAUGUGACAGGAUUCUCGGUUCGAUGAUCUGACCUUAUUCUCGUACAAUAAAGAGAGACAUUGUUGCAAAUGUCUUCCAGUGAAAUUUACGUAGAUUAAAAUAUUCAGUUCAGUUGAGCUGACGAGUAAGGGUGACACAGUGUCAGAGUGACUCGAACUUCUACAGAAAGAAAAGCCGGCACUCUGACAUUGGUUCAAUUGCCUAAGUCGAUACGGUUGCAGAAGUGUAUUACUUGUUUAGCAGUAUACUGUGGGAACCGGAUUAUGAUUUUGCUUAGACUUGGGAACUGCCACUGCUUUAGAGUGCCACCUUUUUUGAAAUCGUAAACUGUGUAUGAGAUAGGUGGCGGUGUGUAGCUGUAAGAUUCGGUACUAAAAGGAAGGAACCACCCGGAAAAUACGACUGCAACUCUAUAAUUAUGUAUGUCUUUCCUGUAAGGACUGAAGACCUGGAACAUUCGCUAAAUUUCUGGGGCGAAAUACGAAAGACCGCCACGUCCUUGGGUGUAAGGAUAAUCCAGCCGGCAAAAAUCGGAGGUAUCAAUAUGGCCACAACUUUAAACUGCAAUUUCUCUUUAUGAAUUCACACUGCGUACUUAAAAACAUAAUUUAGAUCUUUUAUGUGUCGUGAAAAUACACCUUCUCUUAGUCAACUAACCAAGGCCUUCACAUUCGACCAUGAGCGAUGCGAAGGCGCAUGUGAUCUUUGGCACAGUUGUGAAUUUGCAUAUUUAUGAAAGUGUAUGUGUAUUUCUUGCAACCCCCUCAUGAAACGUAAAUACGUGGGUUUGCUGUUAGUUGUCUUCAAGCGGUUGUUCUCUAGUCAGUUGAUAAUAAUAUAUGCACCUUUUUCAUAUGUACAGGACACACAGUUUUGCUGUUUUGUGGUGUACGUGGCUUCUGUAUGGGAAAAUGCAUUUAGGUGUCCAGUGCUGUUUCCUAUAUUCAUGAUCUACUUCUAAGUGUUUGUGAAUUGUAUUUUUUUGGUACUUGUUGUGGACAGCACGUAGUACCUGCACACUCCUUGUCUCGCGUAAGUGGUAAAAAUGAAUUACGUUAGCAGACUUGUGACUGCUGGUUUGAUUUUGUCGAGCAAAUAGUCAUUCCUGCUCAAUCUACAUUGUUUAUACAUAUCUAUUUAAACGUACCCCUCAUUCACUUUGACUUCGUGAAUUUUGUUUACUUCAUGAAUUGAAAGCCAGAAAGAAAGGGUCCGUGUCUUAUCAGCAUUACGUGCAUUUUUAUGUGGCCUGUUGGCAUGUUCAGUUCUGUUGGCAUGUGCGUUUGAAAAUAAUUUAGAAUGUGAAAUUAAUCACACAUUGCUAUAUCGAAAGGAAAUGUGCUGAUGAAUGCACAAACACGAAUAAUUGGUAAAACUGAAAAAAUUAAUGAUUCAGGUGUACAAAUUCACAUGCUUUAAAGGGGUACUGACAGCAUUUUUUCGAAGACAUGUUUACUCUGCAUUACAAAUCUUCUGUACAGAGGCAGCUCUGAGCAAGUGUGAAGCUCAGCAAAUGCUGAUAAGAUAUUUUAUUGUGAUAUUAAAGUCUAUUUUCUCAUGGCGCGUCUACCGACAUCGACACAAGCUUGACGUCAGGCUACAGUACUAAUUCCGGUGACUUCAUGCAGCAAUCUGGCUAAGUGUGAUGACGUCAGGUACCAAAACUUUCAAAAUGGCAGCUUUUUCAUCGCCAAAACAUUGAAAAUGGCCGCUUGUGCGUCAUCAACAGCCACGGUGCGGAGCGGUCGUGGAAAGGUCAUGAUCUUGUGCGAGCACGUGACGACAAGCUCAUGUCGUGUUGUGACGUCAGGGUACAGUAGGAAACGAAACUAGCUUUUAAAAACAUACUGUAAUUACUUUUUCAGGUUGCACUCAUGCUUAGCAGUACAUUUUCUGGCUCUUGAGGACUUGUCCUUUCAUUUGAUGCAAGGAAACGACAAAUGAAAAUUUUCGUGUCAGUGCCUCUUUAAAGACAGUUAAGAGAGGAAAAUAGGUGACAUGCUUUUGAAAAGUUAAAUAUAGAUUGUAUUUAUUUCUAAAGCAUCAACGAUCCUGGUUUUUCUCCGGAAAAUGUUAAGCCUUGCGGGAAUCAAGGUAACGUGAUGUACAAAACUCGACGCUGAAGGGUGAAUACUCAAGGCGCUGAAUGAUGAUCAGAUAACAAAAAACGUAAAAGAGUUAUCGUAAUUUAAUUUGAUGUGAACCCAAAAGGAGUGAGGAUGUCGAGAGACGAUUGGUGAGGUUGUGCUGCUGACGUGUGUUCUGUCCACGAACAUGUGCUUUUUCUGUAGAUUUGUUCAUUUCGAUGGAAACUAUGUUCCAAGUCAUACGGCACAAGCGUCCUUGGAAAUAAUUGCGGCAUUUUUUGUCAUAAAGGAAAACGUUGGAGGAAGGUAGCUUUUGUUAAUGGUUUAAUUAUGACACUCUGUAAAACUAAGAACUUGCUAUGCGCAAACCCAAGCCGUUUGAAUUUUUUGUCGCAUUUCCAUUUUGUGGCAUUCUUAUAUGGCAUGUUGUAAGCUGCGAGAGUUUCAUAAAAUUUUUUAAAAUUUGAGGUUAUGCUUGUUUUAUAGAAGUUCGGCUGUAAUGCUUGCAAGAGAAUUCACUCUGAACGCGAGAAUGCGAUACCACCUGAUCUUUUUCUUUUUGGGCGCCGAAUAGGUUUCCUAAAUUUUGCCAUGUUGAGUCUUCAGAUAAUUGAAUACAGCAUAGUCCCUAUAUACCAACGAACAAUCAAUCAGUUUGAUAGAUGCAUCGUGAAGCGUGAUAACAUCGUGCCAUGCCGGUGCGAAGACUUUUUGUGCAUUGCGACGAUACUUUCAUUUUUUGUCGCUUUUCGUGCUCUUACCAGGAUUUUAAUGAAAUAAACAGUGGUUCGUGAGCUAUUUCUGAAGACUAAUUAACUAAUGCAGUACACUAAUAUUUGUGUUUAGUGUCCUUUCAUUGCCCUACUGUUUGUUAAAAAUGCGUCUCAAGUAUUGUGCGUUGCCUGUUUUAAAAGUGGGCCUUCUUUUUUUAAAGAAGUGCCGCAAUUUUUAUGUGUUUCAAUUUGCACAGAUUUGCCGGUGAUGUGUGCGACUGAUGACACCUUUUUGUGUGCGGCGAAUGUGUGAAUAACAUGAAACGAUGGUGUACUUCUAAAAAAAAUAUAUAAAAAAUAAAGGAUGGCUAGUGCCUUAA